ACUUGCUUUUUUCCUGACUUAUUGUUAGGUUGCUGGAAAACCACUUGGACAAAAUUGUAUGUGGACGAAAGGGUAUUCGAUUCUUCUUUCCACUAUGUGGUAAAGCUGUGGACAUGAAAUGGCUGGCAGACAUGGGUCACACAGUGGUUGGAGUUGAAUUUGCAGUAAAGGCAAUAAAACAGUUUUUUGAAGAGCACGACCUCACAUACAGUGAAGAGCUAGUAUCCGAAAUUCCUGGAGCGAAGGUUUUCAAGAGUACGGAUGGAAAGAUCUCCAUCUAUCAGUGUGAUUUAUACAAGUUCUCCAGUGCAAUUGCAGGAAGGUUUGGAGGGAUAUGGGAUAGAGGAGCACUGGUGGCUAUUAACCCAUGUGACAGGCAAAAGUAUGCCAGUCUCCUUAUUUCCUUAAUGGAGAGUGACUGCAAAUAUCUUCUGGAUACGUUGGAAUAUAAUCCUGAGUUGUAUAAAGGUCCACCAUUUUUGGUAACAGAAGGGGAUGUAAAAGAUUUAUUUGAUGUGGCCUGUGACAUUGAAUUGCUUCAGACUAUAGAUGGCUUUGAGGAAAGACACAGAUCAUGGGGAAUCGAUUCACUGACUGAGAAACUGUACUUUCUCACUCCAAAGAAACAAUGACAAUGACAGUCUUAAAUUCCUGAAUAAUAGACCCAUUUUAAUCCACUUUUAUUAAGUUUGU